AUGUACUACCUCAACCAAGCCGUGGAUUCUCUCCUGAACGCCCGCGUACCACCGCCCAAGCUCGCCCCGCCAACCCGCAACCGCGUAGACGCAGACCCGAUCCUAGUUGUCUACCACGAGACCGGCAAAGGCCCCAAGCCCACUCCACGCAACACCAGCUUCCUCCCUCUGCGCACCCGCCUCGUCGCAAACCCCUUCUCCGCCAUCGCCAAAGCCCAAAGCGAAGCGUACUACGAAGAGAUCGACAGCAUCCCCGCUGCAUCACUCGACCUGAAGAGUGAGUUCUCUGCGGGCCACUGGGAUUUGAGUAACAAGGUGCUGCAAGACCUCGCAGAGUGGAUCGAAGUCAAAAGCCCGAAUGAGAUCUUCACGCGCAAGGCUAAGCAGGUGCUUGCUUUUAGGAACGCGAGGGAUGAGAGUUUAGAGGAGGUCAAGAAGGAGUUGCAGAGGAGGGAGAGGAGAGGCGAGGUCGGUGUUGAAGAGGGAUACCUGGGAGAUUACGAUAUGGUCGACACUGACGAAGACGAGGAUUCGGGACAAAGUGGCGGUAUCAAGAAUGAAGUUCGAAAGGAAGGGAAGGUGCAUGAUAAGAUGUCUCGACACACGGAAGCUGCGCUAGACGAGGCUGCUGAGGCUGGGAGGAAAGCGGCUGAGGAGGCAAAGAUGAUGGAAGGGUGGCAGGUGGAACACUGA